AUGUCUAGUUUACAGAAAACAAUUCAAGAGGCCAAUGCGCGUGAUAUUACAAGAAUUGAGCGAAUCGGCGCUCAUUCACAUAUUCGCGGUCUCGGACUUAAUGAUGAAUUAGACGCUCGACAGGUUUCACAAGGCAUGGUUGGCCAGCUUAAAGCUCGAAGAGCCGCAGGCAUCGUGCUUGGAAUGAUUCGUGAGGGCAAAAUCGCUGGUCGCGCUGUACUUUUGGCUGGUCCCCCUGGUACCGGUAAAACCGCCAUUGCCAUGGGCCUCGCCCAAGCUCUUGGUCGCGAUACUCCAUUCACUGCCAUGUCCGGAAGUGAAAUCUACUCCCUUGAGAUGGGGAAAACUGAAGCUCUUACUCAAGCCUUCAGAAAGUCAAUUGGAGUUCGCAUCAAAGAAGAGGCGGAAAUUAUUGAAGGAGAGGUUGUUGAGAUUAUGAUCGAUCGUCCUGCAACCGGAACUGGUGCUAAAGUUGGAAAGUUAAGCAUCAAGACCACUGAAAUGGAGACUGUCUACGAUUUGGGUCAGAAGAUGAUCGAUUGUAUCGUUAAAGAGAAAAUUCAAGCUGGCGAUGUAAUUACGAUUGAUAAACCAUCUGGAAAAAUUACAAAACUCGGUCGCUCAUUUUCACGUGCCCGUGACUUUGAUGCCACUGGAAUGCAAACAAAAUUUGUCCAAUGCCCGGAAGGUGAAUUACAGAAACGCAAGGAAGUUGUCCAUACUGUCACUCUUCAUGAGAUUGACGUUAUCAACAGUCGCACUCAAGGCUUUUUGGCUCUAUUUAGUGGUGAUACGGGUGAAAUAAAACCUGAAGUCCGUGAGCAGAUUAAUUCCAAAGUAGUCGAAUGGCGUGAGGAAGGAAAAGCGGAAAUCGUUCCUGGUGUUAUCUUUAUUGACGAAGUUCAUAUGCUUGAUAUCGAGUGCUUCUCUUUUCUCAAUCGUGCUCUUGAAUCUGACAUGGCUCCUAUUUUGAUUAUGGCCACUAAUCGUGGUAUUACUACUAUCCGUGGUACAAAUUAUAAGAGUCCUCAUGGUAUCCCUAUUGAUCUUCUUGAUCGUAUGCUAAUUGUCCGAACUGAAUCUUACACGGAGAAGGAGAUUCAAUCGAUUUUGAAAAUUCGUUGCGAGGAGGAAGAUGUGGAUAUUGCUGAUGAUGCCUUGGUUGUGUUAACUCGAAUUGGAUUACAGACUUCACUACGUUAUGCAAUUCAACUUAUUACUACUGCCAGUCUUGUCUGCCGUCGUCGAAAGGGAGUUGAGGUUAGCAAAGAGGACGUGCGAAAAGUGUAUACCCUCUUUAUGGAUGAAGCGCGAUCUUCACAAUUUCUAAAAGAGUACCAGGACUCGUUUAUGUUCAGUUCUGAAACCCCCACCACUGAACCUAUUCAAUCUAGAGGGGAUGUCCCAGCUGAGACUUCCUGA